AUGCCCACGUGGCUGCUGCGGUCCAUUUGCCUUGCGCGCUACGCUGCUGCAAGCCCCUUUUGCCUCCAGCAGCAGCAGCAGCAGCAGCAGCAGCAGGAGGGUUGCUGCAGGGCUCGGCUGCUGCUGCCAGUGUACGACAUGCACAUAGCAGCAGAUGCUGCUUACUUCGUUUUCAGCAACAGCAGCCAGUCCCUGGGGGCCUCCCUGCUGCAGAGAGGGGCCCCCUCGCCUCGCGUCCCUUGCUGCAGCUGCAGCAGCAGCAGCAGCAGCAGCAGCAGCAGCAGCGGCGGCGUGCUGGGCGGGGAGAGCGCGCGCCUGUUUUUAUUUCUGCUGCUGUGCGGGCUGAAGUGCCUGAGCAGCAGCAGCAGCAGCAGUAGCGCGCUGCCUGAGCAGCAGCAGCAGCAGCAGCAGCAGCGGCCGCUGCCAGAGCAGCAGCAGCAAAAAGAGCACCAGGAGCAGCAGCAGCAGCAGCAGCAACAGCAGCAGCAGCAGCUGCUGCUGCAGCAGCUGCCACUCAAGAGAAGACGAGGAAGCUGCUGUUGUCUGGGGCGUCGGGAUCUGUUUUGCUGCAUACUUGCUGCUGCUGCAGCAGCAGCAGCAACAGAAGCAGCAAGGCAAACAGCAGCAGCAGCAGCACCAGCAGCAGCAGCAGCACAAACAACAGCCGCCAAAGCAAAAACAGCAGCAGCAGGAGCAAGAACAGCAGCAGCAGCAACAACAACCAAAACAACAGGAGCAACAGCAAAAACAGCAGCAGCAGCAGCAGCACAAAAAGCAGCAGCAGCAGCAACAAAAGCAGCAGCAGGAGGUAAGGGAAAGUGUGAAGCGUGA